AUGAUGAGUAUUUUUUCGUAUAAUGGAAUACACAAACAUCGAAAAGUCGUCGUAAUAGCAAGCUCACGUAUUUUUUGUUUAAUUUUAUGUUCAUUCCAGACACUAAUGAGUCUUUCCUUCCUGUUUAUGUCGUGUAACAUUUAUUCUGAUCUAUGGCUUGGUCUCUCGCUGAAUGGCCGCGCCUAUGCUGCACUGGAUCACACCAAAUUUCUCGGUGCCUCGAUUGGACAAUGGAUUAUUCAAAACAUGGCGCAUCCAAAUGUUGUGGCUCUUGGAGGUAAAAUAAUGACGGUUGCGUGUUUGAUAAGAAUUGCGGCUCGAUCCUGA